CCAGCAGGCACAAGUCAAAAUCAAUCACAAUUGGAAAAGGAAGAUUUUGAAAGGGGAGAAUGGAUUUGCUUAGCGUGAGUCCUCAACGGCUUACUUUUUAUGCCCCAUAUGAUCGCAGUCAAAGGCGUAUGCUCACCCUGCUGAAUCCCAAUAACAGGAAGGUUUUGUUUAAGAUAAAAUCGAAUGUGUGGCGGUACUAUCAUGUGAGUCCCAAUGCCGGCAUGAUAGAACCCUAUUGCUUCAUUGAGAUCCGCAUUAGUCUAAACUAUUUCGAUUUUCACGAGGAUCUGGAUCAACAUCACCGCUUCUGUAUCCAAUCCACUUAUGCUCCCCGAGAUCAGGUUAAUGGUGAGACAACGCUGGCCAUUUUCCGGCGAGUUUCCAGCCGUGAUAUCUCCUCGAAAAGCCUUCACGUUCGCCUUGAGGCAACACCUCUUUCACUGGCUAGUUGUGGACUGGAUUUACAAUCUCCUUUGGGUAAAAUGGUCCUGGAAAGGGAUCUACUGAAGCCGCUCUGUCCCAAAUGUCCGGAUUUUUUGAACGCACCUUUGGAACUGGAAAAAACAAAGGCAAACCGUCAUAUAUCCAAGCUUGUCAUUAUUGGUUCUUUGCUGAUGGUAUUUUUUACAGCAUAUAUGCAACGUAAACAAAUGUAUGAGGUGCUGAUGAACAACUUUUACCCUGAUAAAUUAGAGCCUUGAAAAAAUAUAACUGAAAAUUCUGCUGCUGA